AUGGAUAUCCCACCACAGCUUAUUCAGUACAAAUACCACUUGGCCAUAGCAAUUUCGGUUUCGGUAGCGAUUUCUUUAGUGCUUUACGCGGCGCCUCGGUUGACAACGUUAGUGGCCUACUUUUGGCCCUUGUUCGCCUCCACAACUCUAUUCGUGGUCGCUAUAAUCGCCUUCACCGGCGUAUCUCAGCUCGCCGUCGAAGCACACCGUGGCGAUAAUAAGGCUGGUGAAGAUAUCGUUGACUAUGUCGCAGGGCAGCAAGAACAUGACCAUGAAGAUCGUCAAAGUUUUGAGUUGAAAGCUGAUUAG